AUGGCAAUCAUUGUCUCACUGAUUUUGUUAAUCUCCUCCGCCGCCUCCUCCGCUGCUGCAGACGGUGGCUAUGGCUUCUCGGUCGAACUGAUCCACCGUGACUUCCUCAAGUUCCCACUUUUCAACGCAUCAGAGACACACUACCAACGCAUUGCCGACGCUCUCCGUCGCUCCAUCAGCCGUGGGACGGUGUCACCGCCAGACACGGGGAAAGCCCCAAUAUACACGAGCGGAGGCGCGUAUGUUGUGAAAAUAUCCCUCGGAACGCCGCCGUUUUCGAUUGUAGCCAUUGCUGACACGGGAAGCGACAUUAUUUGGACUCAGUGCAAACCUUGCCCGAAUUGCUACCAGCAAAUCGCGCCGAUGUUUGAUCCGAGUAAAUCGUCGACUUACAAGACAGUCUCGUGUUCCUCGCCGACUUGCUCGAUUACAGGGCCGGGAAAUUCUUGUUCCUCGAAUUCCGUGUGCGAGUACUCCAUUUCUUACGGCGAUGGAUCCCACAGCAACGGAGAUAUUGCCGUUGAUACCCUUACAAUGGACUCCACCUCCGGCCGCCCCAUGGCGUUUCCACGGACUGCCAUUGGCUGUGGCCAUGACAAUGCUGGCUCUUUUGAUUCUAAAGUUUCUGGGAUUGUUGGGCUCGGUCAUGGUUCAGCUUCUCUUGUCCAGCAGAUGGGGCCGGCCACUGGCGGAAAAUUCUCUUACUGUUUGGCACCCAUCGGAAACUCUAACUACUCGAGCUAUCUUAACUUCGGCUCUAAUGCUAUCGUCUCUGGCUCGGGAGCCGUCUCGACUCCAAUUUAUACCGGCAAAGGCUACUACAAAGUUUUCUACGUGCUGAAAAUAGAAGCAAUGAGUGUUGGAAGCAACAAAUAUAAUUUUUCAAGCUCUUCACCAUUUGGAACAAAGGGGAACAUCAUUAUCGACUCCGGCACGACGCUUACAUUCUUACAACCGGACAUCUUUGCUAGCUUCUCCGAGGCGAUUUCCGAGGUGAUGGACCUCAAGUCCACGACUAGUCCAAUUCAAACCUUGGAGUUUUGCUAUGAGAGCACCACCGACGACUAUAAGGUGCCGCCAGUCAUAGCGCACUUUAAAGGUGGCAAGGUGAAUCUCAAGCGAGAAAACCUGUUCAUUAGGGUGGCGGACGACGUCGUUUGCUUGGCAUUUGUUGGCAACAGUGAGAAAAACAGCAUGCAAAUCUACGGCAACAUUGCACAGACUAACUUCUUGGUUGGCUAUAAUAUCAAGAAAUCGUCUGUUUCUUUCAAGCCAGCAAAUUGUGCUGCCUCGUGAUU